AUGAAAACAUUGACUCUUUGUGUGGCAGGAAUUUAUGCAUCGUUUAUUCUCUGGGGCUAUUUGCAAGAACGCCUGUCGGAGCCCUACAAUGGGCGGCCCUUCAAAGCUCCACUGAUCGUUAAUGCUAUUCAAUCGUUUUUCGCCAUGAUUGUAGGCUCCAUAUAUCUCAGUGCUAAAACUAGAAAACUCAGCACUCCAAUGGACCCAAUUUCGCAAAAUCCCAAAAUAAUUUACCAACUGGCCCUAAUUGCGGUGCUUUCUUCGGGAUCGUCUGCAGUUGGGAUGAAAUCCUUGGAGAAUGUCGACUACUUGACAUAUCUUCUUGCUAAAUCAUGCAAAUUGAUCCCUGUUAUGAUCGUCUCCGUCUUGGUAUACAGAAAACGAUUUCCUGUGCACAAAUAUUGUAUUGCUUUGUGUAUUAGUGCUGGCGUUAUCUUGUUCACAUUAAAGCCCAAGUCGCUGAGUAAUUCUAUUGAUUCCUCCGCUGGAAACUGGAGAGGAUAUCUUUGUUUGUUGAUAUCUUUAUUUUUAGACGGUUUACUCAACUCCUCUCAAGAUCAGCUUUUCAAGACUUUCAAAAUUUCAGGAGCACAGUUGAUGGCUGCACUUAACAUGUUAACAUUUAUCCUCAUUUCAUCGUACAUUGUGCUAUUCACAGAUCAGUUGCCAUAUUUUGUUUCCUUUGUACAAGUGUCUCCUCAAUUGCUUCAGAAUGCAAUAUUGUAUGGUAUUGCAGGAGCCAUCGGACAGAUUUUUAUUUUCUUAACUCUAGAGAAAUUUGACUCUAUUGUCCUCACCACGGUCACGGUUACGAGAAAAAUGUUCAGCAUGGUACUGAGUGUGCUUCUAUUUGGACACUCAUUAUCCUUACAACAGCAGGUUGGAAUUGGACUAGUCUUUGGCGGUAUUUGCUACGAAAGCUGGCUAAAAAGCUUCGGCUCCCAAGUCAGCCCAAAAGCAAAACUGUCGUAG